CUCCACCUCUAGUUGCGCGUCAUUUUAGAGCGUGAAUUUUCGUUCGAUUCGGUAAAAUAACGAAAAAAGCUAAUCAAUAAUAUAAGUGUUUUACAAAAACGAAAUUUUUCUAAAUGAUAUAAUGUGCUGACUGAAAGUGUAUAACUCCAAAACUACGCUGAACGACGAUUAAGAACUGAAAGCCGGCUCAGCGGGAGGUAAAUUUUGCAUACGCGUGAGAUGUGAGGAAAUGCCGCGCCGGCAGCAGCAGCAGCAGCCAUAUCGAUGUCGACAGCGUCAAAGUCAGCGUCAACCAGAAGCAGAAGCAGAAGCAGCAACAACUUUAUCUUUAACUACAACAACAACUAUAAUAUAUAAUACGAGAGCCAGCAUAAUUAAAUAAGUGUCAGCGGAUCGACUGAUCUGAUAAAUUAAGUGCAAAAAAGUGAACGCAGUGCGAAAAAGAGCGUCCGAAACAAUUAAUUAAUUAAUUCAUUUAAUCAAUUAAACAACAACAACAGCAACAGCAUCAAGCAAGCAGAGGAGGCGGGCGAAAGUUUACACACCAAGCACAUCCAAUAAACAAAAGUGAUUAAAUCGCGAGUUUUUGCGAUAACCAGAUACACAAGCGAACAUACAAAUAUAAAUAUACAUAUACAAACAUAUAUAUAAAUCAACUACUAAGAAACGUGCAGCAAAAAUGAAGCGACGUAAUGCGGAUUGUGGCAAAUUGCGGCGGCCAAUGAAACGGAACAAAAUCACAGAGGGCAUGUAUGGCAGCACAACUGUCUUAUACAUGAAAUUCCUAAUACUUUGGGCCAUUGUGAUGGUAGCCGACUUUAUGUUUAUGUUCCGAUUUGAAUUCUUAUGGCCAUUCUGGCUGCUCCUUCGCUCCGUGCACGAUUCCUUCAAGUACAAGGGACUGGCAUUUUCCGUUCUAUUUGUGUGUAUUGCAAUAACAUCGGAUCUGGUGUGUUUGUUCUUUAUACCAGUGCAUUGGCUGCUCUUUGCGGCCAGCACAUACGUCUGGGUGCAGUACGUCUGGCAUACAGAUAAGGGCAUCUGUUUGCCGACUAUAAUACUCUGGAUGUUGUUUGUCUACCUGGAGGUGGGCAUUCGAUGGAAAGACAGUCGCCAUAUGCCACACUUGGAUCUUUGCCGGCCAUUUGCCGCCCACUGCAUUGGCUAUCCGGUGGUUACGCUUGGCUUUGGCUUCAAGAGCUACGUGGGCUAUCGCAUGCGACAGCGGAAGCAACGUGAGGUGGCCAAGGAGAACGAGUUCUAUAUGCAGCUGCUGCAGCAAGCCUUGCCCGCCGAGGAGGCCACGGAGGAGGCUCAGUCAGCGGCACAGACAGCAGCGCCUGUCGUCACAUCGGCAGCCAGCGGUACAGUUGUUGUUGUGGCAAAUGGCACAAGUGGUGGGCCAGCAGCGCUGGCAGCCGCAUCGUCUGCAUCGCAGGCGGCAAAUGGUGUAUUGGCAACAGCGACGCAAGCACAAAACCAUCAUGAUCAUCAUCACAGCGGCGGCGCCGGCGCCGGCAGCAGCAGUAGCAACAAUAGUAAUCACCAACAUCAUCAUCAUCAUCACAAUCACAAUCACAAUAACAACAAUAAUAAUAACAACAAUAGUAGCAACAGUAGUAGCAGCCAACACAACAAGGAUGGCAACAGUAAUGGCGACAAUAGCACAACGACAACAGGCGCCACAUCAUCGUCAUCAGGAGCCGCCAGUGCGGCAGCUUCGUCAUCGUCGCCUGCAUCAUCCGUAUCAUCCACAAACACAUCAGGCUCAACGUCAGCCAAGCAAUCGAAUGCGACCAGCUUAGCAGCAGCAGCCACAACAGCAAAUGGACACGCUGGUGGCGGCUCAAGGAAUCAUCGUCGCAGCAUGGACAAGGAUAAGCAUCGCAAUAAAGGCGACACGGCCGACAAUGAGCACAACAACGGUAGCACGCGGCAUGCUGGCGGCAAGAAUAGUAGCAACAGCAGCAACAGUUAUCAUCAGGCGGAUGGAAAUUCGACCACAACAAGUAAUAACAGUAAGGAGAAGUCAGACUGGGAUAGUGGCAGCAAUGCCAACUAUCAACAACAACAACAACAGCAACAGGGGGCAAAGGACAAACAUGACAAAAAGGCGCACAACAAUGCUGUCAGCAAUGGCAACGUUCUGCAGUUCGAUACGGACGAAACGGCUCCGACCGUUGACGCAACGCCGCAAGUAGAGAAGGCGUCCAAAGGACGUCGUAAUCGCGGUAAGAAGGACAAUGCAGCCAAAGACAAUCAGAGCCAACAGCAGGCACAACAGCAGCAAAAGGAUAGCCCAGCAACUGCUGCUGGUAGCAACAGUAAUGGAAAUGCUGGCAACAAUAAUGAUACCAGCUCGGUGUCCUCGUCAGCUAGCUCCACAUCAAGCAAUGCCGCUGCCGCUGCCAUUUCACAGAUUGCCAGCAAAGUGGUAUCCAAGAUAUGCGAAACAUGUCUCAAGCUCGAGGCCGAUGUAAAGAAAUAUCGCGCCGAAAUAAGCCAUAUGAAGCAAAUUGAGAAUGAGUUGCGUCAGAAGCUUGAUGUCAACAUGACCAGCAAGUCCAGUUUGCAGGCCAAGCAAAAGGAGUGCGACGAGCUGGAAAAACGCAUUCAGGAGCUGAACAAUGCACGACAUGCCGAUAUGCUCAGCCUUCAGACUGUCGAGCGUCGCCUCAACGAAGAGCGGCGUCAGAAGCAAUCGCUAGACUCGCAAUUGGCCAACGAGAAGAAGGCACGCAAAGCGGCCGAGGAGAAGGCAGCGCGUCCCGAGUGUAGCUCGCAAUGCAAGCAACGGCGCCAGCAAAUUGAUGAGGAGCUCAAACGUGUGCGCAACGAUCUUAAACAGUGUGAGGAAGCCAAGCAGCUGGCUGUCGAACAUGGUCGCAAAUUCGAGCAGGAGUAUCGUAUGCUGGAAGCCAAGGUGCGCAAUCGAGAGACCACACAGGCAGAUGCUGAGAGGCUGAUGAAUGCACUGGCCAACAUACAGGAGAAGAACACCAUGCUGGAGAAGAAUUUAUCGGCAGAGACGAGAGUUAAGCUGGACUUGUUCUCGGCUCUGGGCGUGGCCAAGCGAAAACUCGAAAUAUCUGACAGUCAUCGUCGUUCCAAGGAGGAUGAGGUCAUUGAUCUCAAGGCAAAGAUAGCACAGUUGUUGGCUGUUAUGCCGGAUACAUUGUGCUUAAAUACCGGACCGCACGGUCCUGGCGGCAGCAUGCUGCGCAUGAACGAUACACCUCCGCUGCAACCAGGCGGACCGGGCCCGUCCUCGCCAAUGCUCAGCAUGAGCGCUGCUCAAGAGUAUCAACAGCAUCAGCAGCACCAACAACAUCAGCAGCAGCAGCAACAGCAACAUCCACAUCAGCAACACCAACCGCAUCCACAUCAGCAGCAACAGCAGCAGCAGCAACAACAACAGCAGCAACAGCAGCAGCAAGUUGUCCCAGUUUCCCAACAGCAACAGCAGCAACAAAUGGUGCCCGUGAGCGUGGCAGCUGCAUUGCAUGUGGCCGCUGCUAAUGUCGUUAAUGGUGGAAAUGGUCUCUCGACGCUGGAUCCCAAUGCUAGCGUUUAUACGCCGAAGGCUGGCAACAUGAUGGUGGUUACGCCGGUGGGCAUGAAUCCCAAUGGCGCGGAUGCCUGACGCCAGCAGCAACAUCAGCAUCAACAGCAGCAGCAGCAGCAACAACAACAGCAGCAGCAACAACAGCAGCAGCAUCAGUCGUCGGCGGUCUCCUCAUCGGCCGCCCCAUCCUCUCAUCAGCUAAUGAGACGACAAGUUUGAGAUUAUUAUACAUUAAAAAAGCAACAGCAAACUUCAAGAGCGACAGCAAACCGAUUGAUUUCGACUACAAUAGUCAGGAGACAGACGGAGCAUGGAGCAGAUAGCAGUUUGCAUAUGAUAUGAAUGAAUGUCCGUACUAAACAUAAGCAGUUUCCUUUUCAAUUAACAGUAUCACAUAGAAAACGAACACAAUUUUCCAAAUACCAACAACCAACUACCAAUUAACAAUAAUUCCCUUGAACACACAUUCAAAGUUGUGCAUUGCCAAUACUGAAACACUUAAAUAUUGAUAUAACUGAUUACUACAACUAGUUUGUUGAUGGCAUUCAAAUUCCGAACAUAUGCUCAAAUUGAUUUCAAAUAUGCCAUUAACUCGAAAGUCCCUUUAAUUGUGGUGGCUUAAAGCGUAAUCAUUCCACCAUAAUACAAAUAGUAAUCAACUUUAAUGCAAAACAACUUUCAACGAGGAAAUCUCAAUGUAUCCUUGGCAUUCAAUUGUCAACUAUUCGGUUCCACUUCCGCCUCCCAAUUAUAAAAAGAAAAAACGAAAAAAAAAACACAAACACAAAUGAAACACUUGGCAAAACACUUUCUGCGAGAUUUUGAUUUGAUUUCAUGAAAUUUUAAAAAUAAUAAGAAAAAAAUGCAAAAAAACAACCAAUGUGAAAAUUUUUGUAUUUAACUUAUGGAAAAAGAAUACAAUCUUUUUACUACUUAUUACUAUUAACAAAAAGCUGUGACAGAGAGAGAGAGAUAGAAAGUUGACCAACUUUAGUGAUGGCCUUUGAAUUUGGCGUAAAAUUAUGUUUGUUUAUUUUUUUGCUGCCAAAUUUUUGUGCUGCCUUCUUUCAAUGGAAUUUUUGAAGUCUGCGCCCUUGAUUUAUUAUCUCAUUAAAUUAUUUUUGUUAUAAACUUUAA